CUGUUGUAGGCUGUGCCCGGCGUGGCCAGAGCAGGACAGGGCAGGGCGGCAUGUGUGUGGUGUAGCUGCAGUGCGGAGCGGGGUGGGGGCUGAGGGUGGGGGGGAAACCGGUCGAUGAUUGUUUGGAAACACAGUAAUGCAACGGCCUUCACAGACAGUUUUAUAUCGGGGGACGGACACAUCGCUUGUGUUUUUGUAACGAACGAUUGGCAGAGUUGUCCCCACUUCUACUAGUGAAAUGUUAGUGUCUACACAGUUGUUGCUUCCAGCACUUAGGAAUGUAGAAAUAAGUCGAAGGUGGAUACAUGCUACCGCCAGCUACCAUCAAACUCUCUGGAGUUGCCAAUCAGUACAGGUUGGUCAACAUGCAGCAGACAGAUCUCAGCAGAAGACUGCACCACCCCUCUCAUUAAGGUACAGAAAACUCAAGAAUGCUUUCUGUUGUUCCCAAACAAGGAGCUACAGGACCACAUUUGCACACUUUUACAAACUUACUCCUCAUCAAGUUAACAGCAUCUUGAAGGCCAAUGAGUAUACUUUUAAAGUCUCUGAAUUUGAUGGGAAGAAUGUCAGUUCUGUUCUUGGAUUUGACACGAACCAGUUGCCAUCCAAUUCACCGGUGGAAGACCGAAGAAGUGCAGCUACUUGCCUGCAGACCAGGGGAAUGCUUUUGGGUGUCUUUGAUGGACAUGCAGGAUGUGCUUGUGCACAAAGCCUCAGUGAACGAUUGUUUUACUACAUUGCUGUUGCUUUACUGCCUCAAGAAACCUUAAUAGAAAUCGAGAAUGCAGUAGAAACUGGGCGAGUCGUAUUGCCAAUUCUUCAAUGGCACAAACACCCCAAUGACUACUUCAGUAAAGAGGCUUCCAAGCUGUACUUUGAUAGCCUGCGUACCUACUGGCAGGAACUAAUUGACCUCCAUACCACGGAGAUACCUGAUGAAAAGGAGGCUUUGCUAAAUUCUUUCAAAAGACUUGAUAAUGAUAUAUCAUUGGAAGCUCAAGUGGGAAACAGCAACAGCUUUCUCAACCACUGGGUGUUGCGAGUGGCAUUUUCUGGUGCGACUGCCUGCAUUGCACACGUGGAUGGUGUAGAUUUGCACAUUGCAAAUGUUGGAGAUAGCAGAGCCGUACUCGGUGUCCAAGAAGAGGAUGGGAGCUGGUCUGCACUUACACUGUCUAAUGACCACAAUGCACAGAAUGAGUGUGAAACUAAAAGAGUUCGAUCUGAACACCCCAAAUCUGAAGCAAAAACUGUCAUUAAACAAGACCGAUUGCUUGGCUUGUUAAUGCCAUUUAGAGCGUUUGGAGAUGUUAAGUUCAAGUGGAGCAUUGAUCUGCAGAAGAGAGUAUUAGAAUCUGGGCCAGAGAUGUUAAACGAGAGUGAAUAUAACAAGUUUAUCCCACCUAAUUAUCACACACCCCCCUACCUAACUGCUCAACCUGAAAUUACUUAUCAUAAACUACGACCUCAGGACAAAUUUCUUGUAUUAGCCACAGAUGGUCUGUGGGACGUAUUACACAGACAGGAAGUAAUCAGGAUUGUUGGGGAGCAUCUGACUGGUGUCCAGCUUCAGCAACCUAUUUCUGUUGGUGGUUACAAAGUGACUCUUGGUCAAAUGCACAGCCUAUUAAUGGAGAGAAGAGCUAAUGCGUCACCUUCAUUUGAGGAUCAGAAUUCUGCAACAUAUCUUUUACGAUAUGCAGUUGGUCACAAUGAGUUUGGGGCAAUUGAUCAUAAGCGACUGUCCAAAAUGCUGAGUCUUCCUGAAGAACUGGCCCGGAUGUACAGAGAUGAUAUAACCAUUACAGUGGUGCAAUUCAAUUCUCAUGUUAUAAAUGCACAUUACAAAACUAGUCCAGAAAACUGAAUCUCCCAGUAUCUGGAUGAAAUAGUGGACAAAGUAUGAUAUGCAAUGUUAUGGGACUGGAGUGCAGUUGAAACUGGUGUUUAUAUUUAUUCUUGUAAUAAGCAAAUGUUAGUUUGGUAUUUUUGAUAUUUUGGAGUCCCAAUGUUGGAAACUUUGAUGGUUGCUGUAAGUUAAUAAGUAGGAAAGUUAAUUGUAAGCAAAAUCCUCUGGAAUAAGCCUUCUUCAUAACUUUUUGCCUUGUAAACUUGAGAUCCAGGCUAGUUUAACUGAUGGUAACUAGGCACAAGAGAACUGAAACUGAGACAUUUUUUGUAAAUAUAUAUCCUGCUUUUGUAUCAAUUGCAAGAUUCAUCUCAUAUGAAGUAUUGUUACAUUAUUUUGUGUAUUAAUUGUUUGGGCAUCCAUAUUACAGUACAGAUAAUUGGACUGGAAAGUUAAGUGGCGGAGGUGGCCCUAGUAAUGGUAUAUACAGUACCAGGUUAUUGUUGUUUUAUCAAGUCCCUGCAUUUAGACCACUAAUCCUCCACAAUUUGAGUUCAAUUUAGCGAUUGCUGGAACUCAAACAACAGCAAACCUUUAUGUUUAUCCUAAACUAUUAUCCCUUUAAAACCAAAACUCGGCAUGUUGAUUGUAUAUUUAAAGUGGGUUUCUGUGUUUAUAAGGAUGGUAAAACGAUGGGCAUGGCAGUUUUAAAUUUGUGAACCAUAAAAGAUGAGCUGUAAACUCAGACUGUUUUUGUUGGUCCUAUGGAUUAUGUUCAGUUUAGACAGUGUUUGCCUUAUGCAUGUGUUCUUUUCAAAUCUUUCAAUCUUGCUGUGAACAUUGAGACAGUGAAUUGGUUCAAGGGUUAAUGGUGCAACCCAGCAAUUAGCAGCAUGUCUGGUGCACAUCUUUAUCUUGAUAUGUACGCAGUUUUAACUUGUGUGUUUGCAACGAAAGAACGUCCAGUAUUUGUCUGCUUACAAUCAGUUGUUACAGUUUGUAUGCACUGUUACACAGGAAUGAUGGUUAAAGGUCAGCUCUUUUGUAAAAAAAAGCAUUUUUAAGUUGUAUUUGGAUUGAUUGCACAACUUCAGGUUAAGAACUACAAUUAGCGUUUUAACAGUGGAACUAGUAAUCUCAUAAUUGCAAAAAGUGCUGCGUCUCCAAGACUUGUCUUCCACACCUGUUAAGAGAGUGGGAAAUGCAUUUUGUGUUUUUUUUAAAAAACUUUUUUAUCAUAAAGGAACAAGAAUACUUUUGAAUAUUAUGUUUUUGUUUUGGAGGGAAAUUUUCAGAUUUGUGUGUGGUGUAGUGGCUCCAUUAUCAGUCUUAAGAGCUCCAUAUUUAAAUGGCAAAUGUGAUUUGAUGAGGAAAUGGUGUAUGUAUUACUUGAGGGUUUUCAUUCCAGAUCAUUGAUAAUUUGCAACCAUAUUUGUGAGUCUUUCACUGGUGUUUCACUGCAGCCCAGUCACUGAGUCAUGCUAAGUAAGAUAGGAACUGGCAUCCUCUGUUCACCCACAAAUGCACAGUCACUCCCAAUGUGAAAGGCACUAUACUAAAUGUGAGGAUUAUUGUUAUUAUCCUGAAGAGCAACCACUAAAAUAACUUGCCUUUUAAUCUUUAUUGGUAACUGUUGGACUCUUCAAUAAUGGAAGUAAUAUUGUUUUUUCUUGAUUUUUUUUGUCCAUGGAAGAGUUUCCUUGCAGCUCUGUAAAAGCAUUUUUUGUAAAGCUUUGACUUGCAUAAACGUAAGCUCUGAAAUUUACAAGUACAAUAUUUUACGUUUCAUUUGUCAGGACACCACAUACUAAAUUAACUGGUUAUAAUAUAUAUAGUAUUACAUAUGAUCCCUACCAGUUAAAAAAUAAAGAAAGCUAUUUAUUUUGCUGUGGAAUGGUUGCUCAUAUGGACUUGUUUCUUCGUAAAAUAUGCUGCAUCUGAUCAAGGAGCAGCAUUUUCAAGGAAGUUUUCUUUAUAUGAAUGUACACUGAAAUAUUUCUGUUCACAGAAAUAUAAGGAAUUGUAUAUAAUGAAAUUCUCUUUUUGGUGAUACUGAAUGUUGCUAUUCAUUGAGUAAAAAAAAAUGCCUUCACUUAAGUGUAACAGCUGUUAAAAUGGCUGGGCAUUGUGACUGAAAUGCACAUCUUGGAAAAAGGACAGUGCUAGACUUCCUAAAGAAAAAUAUGAAAAUGAAGUACUUGGAAUUUGCAACGUAUAAUAUAGAAAGUUGAUUGCACGAAAACACAACUGGCUUAAGAUCAACUCUUCUCUAGCCUACAUUGUCUAUGGGACUUGAUUGUAAAAUAUUACCAUUCUUAAAAUGUUGGGUUUUAACGAUAAAACUUCUAUCGUGUACAUUAAUAUUGGACAUUUUGUGGGGUAUCUGUGUACAUGCACUAUAUUGGCAUCUUUUGAGAGCGAUCUAGAAUAUAUUUAGUCUGCAUCAUAUGAUUUCUCUUUCAAUGAAGAAAUUAUAAGCUAUGUAUUGCAUCACAGCUCUUGUUACAUCUAAUGUUUCAGAGUGAGACUUACAGUGAACAGAUGGAUUGUUGUACUUUGUUUGAUGACCAAUGUACUAUAUUGUAUUCUGUUAUAUUCAGCACUUGGCUGCUGACUAUCUUUGCUACAUUGAGAUCAAUGCAUCUUUUGUUGACAAAUAUAUUUAUGGCGUAUUUAAUGAC